AACCAAUGAUGAGGCGUGUUUGAAAUCCUACGCGAUACCCGUCAUUAUUAAAAUCAAAAUGACGACGACUUUCCACAGACACAAAAGAAGUAACCGUUUCAGAGAGGGAAAAGAAGUUGUAAGAUGAAAUAUUUUAUUGUCUAUUUGACAGGGGUCUUGUUGAUUUCAACUUGUAUUAUUGCUUCAGUCGUUUCCAAUUCUAACGAUUCGUUAGUGCUUCUUACGAAGACUUUAGAUGCCAUAGAGUUCGCGGUGGAUUUUUUCCACCAGGAGCAUCCUAAUCUUAAUCUGGAUGCCGUUAUUGGAACUAGAAUGGUCGAAGGGCAAUUCAAAGUUUUGCUCAGAAAACUAAAAUUCCAUCCAUCAAAAAGAAUCCCGGCACCAACGAUUGCUAGGAUCGAGAGGCUGCAGAAGGUUGCUGGUCUGGUCAGCGAGGAGGCGCUGCCUUACAUAGCGACUUUCACUCCACAGUAUUAUAACGAAAUAGGGCCAAUUAUACAAGAGGGGUUUUGGGAAAUGGACUAUCCUAGUCGGGAUUUCGAUCCCGAUGUCAAAAUUUGGCAAUAUAAAGAAGGAGAGUCAUUGAUGGAACAGAAAUCAGAUGAUUGUCUGGCAGAGUUUUUUGGGACGGGAAAAAAAUCAAAAAAGCAGUGCAGAAUAUCAGACGACUGUUGGAACUUCAUGACCGCCCCCGGAUACAGUUCUUACUCGCUUUCCCACCAAGUGUUUUACUUGGAAAUAGGAAGACAGUUCGGAUGCCACGCACAAAUGCUACUUAAAAAUCUAGCUAAACACCAGAAGCCAAUAAACAGUUUACAAGAGCUGUUCUGCAAAAACAUGGCGAAUGAAGCCAUUAUCAUUGCGAAAAACGGGUUUCCACAACGAAAACAAGAUCUUUUUAUGGAGCAAGCUGCCUUGUGUGGUAUCCUUGGAUACCGCGAAUUCUUCACCUCUAAUUGGUUGGAACCAAUUCUCAGUUGGCAGGAUGAAUUAUACGGUUGUUACCGAGGUGAACUAGUCUUUGCGUCCGAAGUCAAGCUACGAGAUGGCGUUAAUAUUCGCCGGAAGCGAGAAGAGCGCCCUCUAGACCACGGUUGUCUAUGCCACCGAACAACAGUUGCCUUGGCAGCCUUAGGCCAGUAUGUCCGAUACAUCACAGAAUACAUCCAGCUUGAGAGCACCGUCCCACAGUGAAACAAUCCACAAAGACACACCCUGUAUAGCUCCUGAUUACUCCGUCAAUCACCAGAACUCUGCAGAUGCUCAAAUUUUAAAGCUUUUAGAACUUUUUUCAAAAAAAAAAUUAAAUUUAAAAAAAAAUACACAUGCUUUAUAUUUUGUGUACAUUCUUAUCAAGUAUUGACAUUUAAUGUACAUUUAUUAAUACACUUCAAUACAGUAAAACACGCUUAUAGCAAAGUGCUAGGGACGAAAUAUUUUGAUUCAUUAUAAAUGUAAUUCGUUAUAUCCAAUAAGUUUUAAAACUACAGGGAAUGAAAAUCACUUCGCUGUAAGCAUGAAUUCGUUAUAAGUAUGUUUGCAGUUACUGUGUUUUACUGUAUAUCAGGUUCUACACCAGUGUACAGAUCUUGUGUAGGACAUCGAAUAAAUUAAUGGAAUAUUGCUAUCGAAACAUAAAUUAAACUGGUAUGUACACGGGUUUUAUUCCUAAAUGUGGCAGUUAUUAUGUGUCAUAACUGAAAUUAAAAAUUAUUCUAUUGGUUGAAA